AGCACACACUUCCCAGCAUAAUUCACAAUAAAAUUUAGAAGCAGCGCUACUACUAUCAAUCUACAAGCUCAGUGCAACUUGUGAAAAAGAGCAAAUAGCAGUGAAACAAUAUAAAACUCAAAAAUGACAUUGGCGCUAAUUGACUCGCUGAUGAUGGUGGCAGGCAAAGGCGACAAACAAGCAGAAGCAGCAACAGCAAAAACAGCAGCAGCAACAACAACAACAGCAAAGUCAGCUCAUAUUAACAGCAGCAACAACUAAGCAAUUGUUAUUACCGGACAUAUUAGAAGAGCAACAGCUUUCUGAGCCUGCAAACUAGCGUGCGACAGAGACAGCAAGCGAGCGUGACAGAGAGCGCGCGUCACAUAUUUACACACACACACGAACACGCACUCACACCCACGCAUCAACAUUCAGUGCGCUUGCAAUAUGGAAGACCUAUUUUUGUUAAUUAUCAAGGAGUCGACGGGCACCAAACACAAUGCGUUGCGACAAACGGCGCAAAUUGCUUACGAUAAACUUUAUCGUCAACAUGGCAUGCAUAGGGAUCCAUCGCAUGAGCUGCGCUCCGUUUGUUUUACGGCUCUGCAAAUGGCCUUGGACACAAAGCGGCCCAAGUUCAUAACAAUGGGCCUGAAUGGCCUGCAUCGCGUUAUCAAGGACGAGCGUUUCUACAUUGGCCUAGAGCCGGAGGACGACUCUGUGUGGUUGCCCUCGCAGCUGCUGCGUGCCACCAACGGCAUUUUGCCAACGACCAGCAGCGAGGAUACGGUGGUGAAUGUGCUGCGCUUGUUUCUGGCCAUGGCCUGCUCGCCGGCGUGCACGCUUAAUGGGCGGCUGCUGAUUGAGAUAUUGUCGCGAUGCGGAGAGUGCUGGGAGUUGGGCUCACGGGCCACCAAGGCGGCAUCGCUGGCGGCGGCCUCCCAAUGCCUGCGCACCUUUUGCGCCUUUCUCAUCGAGGAGGCCGAGGAGGUGAAGAAGACGGCGCCGGCGGGCUUAAUGACGCAGACACAGGCAUCGGCUGUCUACAAUGAGGUCAUACCCGUGAUGCAGUGGCUCUGCAGUCGCCUGGUGGAGCCGAAUGUCAACAAUGCGUCGCCGAAUAAGAAAUGCGAGAAUCCCAGCUCUUUAUAUCACACCGAAUGCAUUUUGACGCUCAGUUCGGCGCUGCCGCGUAAUGUGCAUGCAAAUCCGCACUUUACCUCGUUCCUUUGGCAAAAGUUCUGCCCAACGCUGGCCGCAGCACUUGGCUCACCCGGACGCAUAAAUCUGGACAAGAAAUUUACAUACAAAGAUGCAUUGCAUAUGAUUGAGAACGAGGCACGUGGCUUCUUUACGGGUCCAGGACUGGAUGGACCACAGGCACGUUGCGUUUACUUGACAGCCAUCCAAUUGCUGCGCAUUGCCGGCGCUCAUGGUUCACUGCGUCCGAUGCUGGAGGCGUUAUUCCAUCGCAUGGUGCUGCUGCCGGCGCCGCUCAAUCGCACCGAGCCGCUGCGCUGUGUGCGUGAGAUCUUCAAGAGUCCGGAGCGGCUCAUCGACCUAGCGGUCAUACUCUAUGUGGACAAGCAUACAGCCCAGGGCUGCAGCGAUGAAAUGGCGCUCUUUCGCUUACUGGUGGAUGCCAUGGAGGAGUGUGCGUAUGGCGCCAGCGCCGGCAGCGCCACCGAGGCGAGCCUGCAGGCGAGCGUGGAGUGCAUGGUCGCCUUGCUGGACAGCUUGCAGGUGCUGUGCAGCGGCGAGCUGACCGAGUCGAUGAUAAGCGAGCAGAUUGUGCAGGUGGUGAAUGCACGGCAUGAGCAGCUGAAGGAUGCUGACUACUCCGGUCCAUUGACCUAUCAGAGCAUGGCACGCCUGCCGGCGCCAUAUCGAGAUGCCAUUGUGGAGUUUCGUCAGAAUGUGUUCGAGACCUCGUCCGGGUCGGAGAGCGAUUGUGAGCCGGCCCAUGAUACGCAGGAUGCGGCGUCGAAUGGCUCGGGCGAUACGGAGGGACCGGAGGAUGAUGAACACAGCAGCUCCAGCGAUGAAACCUCGCGCGUCGAGAACCGCUGGCCCUACUCGCAUCUGGAGGCGCCAGUCAUGCCCAUACGCACCGAUAGCGACAAUGAUCGCCAGCAUGCGCGUGAUUUUGCCAAAGCGUUGCGUCUGGAUUUGGUGCCCAAGCUGCUGCGUCUGCGCAGCUGCGUGGAGCUGGACGAGGCCAUGCAGGAGUUCGCCUCGGCGGUGUGCCAGGAGAACAGCAUGAACUACUCGGACUUUGAUUACAAUCUGACUGCCAUCAAUGCGGAUGGCAUCUAUCUGGCCAUCUACUCCUCGCUGCUGCUCAGUCUGCAGCUCAUGCGGGCCGGCUACUAUGAUCAACAGCUGAGCAAGGAUAUAUUGGUGCCCAUGUCGGAGCAGCAGUUUGUUACCUCCGUCCAGAAUACCGGCGUGCUGGUCUAUCUCUCCUCGCCUUGGCUCUGUGAGCUCUAUCAAUCCGUCAUCGUCUGCAAUGUGCUCGAGUCCAUGACACGCCAGCAGCUGGAGGGGAUUGGCGCACGUUGUGCCCUCGUCGAUAUGCUCUGCGAUGCUGGCGGCCUGGCCCAGACCCAAAUGCUCUCCGAGUGGCAGCAUCUGCAAACGGCGACAGUGAAGCAUAGCGAGGAUGAUCAGCACGAUAAGCGACGUGAGGCCGCCAAGAAGCUUUGUCGCCGUCUCCUCACCUGCUGCUGGGACUCCAUGGUCAUUGUCCUGAGUGCCGGGCUCGGCGAUCUCCAGAGCAGCGCCUCCAACAAGCUCAUGGCUCUCUCCAAGCGCACGCUCCGAGUCAAGGCCAAGGCGAACAAGUCCAGCGGCGAGGCGCUCUACGCCAUGUGUUUGGACGGACUGCACUCGGCUGCCACCUUGAGCAACAGCUUGAACUUGCAGCACUUGGCUGGCAAGAUACUAAAUCUGUUGGCUUCCAAUGUCUGCCAGACAACCGGGCCACGCAUCUCCGCCAGCCAGGCGAUGUCAAUGGAUGUGGUGCUCACUGGUGGGCUGAAUCUGGGCAGUUAUAGCGCCGAUUGCUGGCAGAGCAUCUUUGCCGUUUGUCGGCAUGUCAGUCAGCUGGAGCAUGAGAUCUUUAGCAUGCAGAAUCCCUCAAUUGCCGCAUCGCCGGGCAGCAGUCGGCGUGACCUGGAGACGGGUGAAAAGUUGAGUAAUGCCAAUGCGCAGGAUAAGCUAAAUCUAUCCUCCAUACCCAUAGAUGAUGACGAGACCUGCGUUGAUGUCUAUAGCUUUCUGCAGGCGCCACUGCAGAGUCCCAAUACAAACAUCACCUCCAUACUGAAGGUCUACUCGGGCACCAAUGAGACGGUGUUGCUGAGCCAAAGCGACACCUCCAAGGUGCUCUGUGCGCUCUCCCAUCAGGCAGAGAAUCUCUUCAACGACGCAUCCGAGCGGCUCAGCCUGCCCUCGCUGUGUCAAUUCCUCAAGCAUCUCUGUCGCGCCUCACGCGAUCAGCUCUACAAGAGUCAACUGGCACGCAAGGGCGCUGGCGGCGGCGGCGGCGGCGGCGGCGGCGGCGUCACAAGCAGCAGCACUAACAGCAAUGGAGCAACUAACGCCAAUGGCACCAACUCCAACUCCAACAGCAGCAGCAGCACACGCAUCUGGUGGCCCAGCAAGGGCUGGAAAAAGCUCGAUUCCUUGCCCAUGUCGCUGCUCCUGCAUCGCAUUGGCGAUGUCACCCUAAAGGUGUUCCGCAGCUCCAGACCAUUGUUGCAUGUGCUCAAGGUUUGGGCCAUAACCGGACCGCAUUUAAUGGAUGCUGCUUGUCAUCGGGAUCGCAUGAUAUCGAAACGGGCCAUCGAGUAUAUACACGAUAUAAUAACGGCACUGCUGGUGGAGCAAACGGAGCUGCCAUAUUUCCAUUUCAAUGAGGCGCUGCUGAAGCCGUUCGAGAAUCUGCUGAGCAUGGACAGCUGCGAUGUCGAUGUGCAGGAUCAGAUUGUGGCCUGUCUGUAUGAGACUGUGGAGGCGCAUCGCACCGAGAUACGCUCCGGCUGGCGUCCGCUGUUUGGAACGCUGCGCAACGCGCGCAGCCGCAUGUUGAACAUGAGCAACAUCAUCGAUAUAUUCCGCGUGUUCCUGGACUCGGACAACACGCUGGUGUUUGCCAAUGCCGGACUGGAUUGCAUAUUGUGCUUGCUCUCAUAUUUGGAAAUAUCUGGCGCGGGCAAUAAUAAUGGUGGCAGUGGCAAUUGCGGUGGCGCUGGCGAGGAUAUGGAUAACAAUGCAUUUAGACCAACGGACUUUUUGCAUGAAACGCUGCGUUUUCUGGAACGCUGCAGCAGCAUCCUGGGCUUCAUGUACAGCAUGCCCAAGUGCCCGAACUUCCAUUCGACGUACAAGAUCAAGGGCAUCAGCUAUACGCACAUCAUCGAUGCCAAUAUACCCAACUCGAUGGAGAACUUCACCUACUUUGGCAACGAUUAUCUGCAGACGAAGAAUGAACAGUAUAUGAUCUCGUAUCGCUCGCUGCACAUCGACAAGGAUGCCAUAGUGAAGAUCGAUGAAAUGGACAAGCCGUCGGGCGUGCUCAAGGUGUGGUUUCUGCUCCUGGACGGACUGACCAACUCGCUCAUUGUCUGCCCGUAUACACACCAGGCGCCCAUACUCCAAAGCAUCUUUAAGUUGUUCAAGAAUCUGCUGAGCACGCCGGGCAUUGACUUUGGCUUCUAUUGCAUCAAUCAUUUGCUUAUACCCAUGAUACAGGAUUGGCUGCGCUAUGUGAACAAAACGGGCGCCAGCUGGACGCAGAUUGAGAAGAACUUCAAGCACUGCUGCAGCAUGACCACAGAUUUGGUUGUGGAGUUCAUUGAGAAAUCUGCCAGCGAGCAGCGACGCACCAAGACGCGCUUGGCGCAGAUUGUGCAGUCCAAUGCGGAUAAUUAUAACUACUCCAAGCUCAAGUUUGUCACCGAGGCAGUUGGUAGCGCUACCGAGCAGUCCAAUCAGCUCUACGACAGCAGCAGCUGCAGCUCAGCGGGCAGCGAGGAGCAGCAGCAGCAGCAGCAGCACCAACAACAAAGCAGCGCUGCUCACUUACAACAAAAGCUGCUGGAGGCUGCCACGCCCACCAAAAUAAGCAGCUCCGCUACUUUGGCGCUAAAGCAGCUGCUGCUGGUGCUGAUCGAAUGCGCUGCACAGUCGCAAGAGUCCAUAGCAAGAAUCUCGGUGUCCUGCUUGAAGCAUGUCAUCCUCUCCACGGGCAUGUUGUUCAACGAAUCCCAAUGGAUGAUUGCCUGCUCGGCCAUACAUCGGGCCUGCACUGUCACCAUUGCGCCACUGCGUCAACUGAGCUUCGCCUUUCACGAGAAGUCGCACAGCUUCUAUGGCGACUGCGCCAACGUUAAGGUGGCGGCGCGGCGGGACAGCACGCUGGAGGAGCUGGCACGCAUCUAUGCGCUGGCCCAGCAGGUCUUCCUGGCCGACAAUCAGCGCGAGCCGCAGCAGCAGGCGCAGCAGAUGGCAGCCAAUGGGGCCAGCAGCUUGUCCGAUGAUCGCAGCUAUUCCUUUCUGCUGUAUCCGUUGAACAAUGGCUUCAAUUCGAACUUGGAUAACUUUGUCAUACGCAUUCCGUUUAAGAAUCUAGUGGUGGGUCUGCUGGCCAAUCAAAUGCUGCUGCAGCUCGUAGCCAAGUUGCUGCUGUCGCGACUCAAGUGCGUGCCCCAAGCCGUCUCCACUUGCAUAUUUGAUAAUUAUGCCGCUGCGCAUGCCACAGGCGGCGCCACCAGCUCCAACUCCAGCUCCAGCAACAGCAACACCAACACCAGCAGCAGCAACAGUUGCUAUGGCGUCGGCCAAGGCACGCACGACUACGAUUUGGACUUUCGCUCCAAGGAGAUUUUGCUGCGCUGCGUCAAGCAGUAUCUAAUGUCGGCGCUGGAGUUCGACUCGCGUCCCGGACUCAAGUUCCUCAUGCAAAAGGUCAGCAACAUUGAGUACGCGGCCAAUUUGUACAAGCAAAUGAACUCCAGCUGGAUGAUCUACUACAUAGCGCUGGUGGACUCGCACCUGAACGACAUUGUGGUUUACAAUCUGGGCGCCGAGGAUCUCAAUUUCAUAUUGGAGUCCUGCUCGCGUCUGAACACCACAACGGUCAAGAAGAAGGAGAACUUUGUGCGCUACUUGUUUUGCCUGCAGGACGCUUGGAAUUUGGUCUGUGAGCUCUAUCUGAGCAACUCCAGCAUGCAUGAUCUGGAGACUGCCAAGGGGCGCAAGGCGGCGGCGUCGGCGGCGGGGGGACAGUCGCUGCCGCUCACUACGUUCAACAACAACAAAUCGCUGAAUGGCAAUCACGAUGCGGGCGCUCAGCUGGAGCAGUCGAGCGAGCAGUCGCCCAGCAAGUGUGUGCAGCUGCAGCAGCAGGAGGAUGAUAGUGUCACCAUGACUACGUUGAUUAGCGAAUUCCAGCCCAAGUGCCGCAACAAUCCGUUCGAUACGAAUCGCCAGGCCGCCAAGACGGACACCGAAUCCAUAUCACCGGAAAUUGAGCAGCAACGCGCCAGCAGCAUAUUGAAGGAUUCGAAUUAUAAGCGCGCUGCAUUGGCUCAACUGGUGGUCGCUUCCAUGGAGCUGCUGCGCUCACUGCCCCACGAGGCCGAGGACAAUCUGAAGCUGCUCAUGACUCCGACCAUACGCGAGGCGUUCCGCCUGGUCCAGCUGCAGGGCAAUGAGCUAAAGGUUAAUCAAUUUUAGGCAAUGCUUGUUGAGUUUUAUUUUGAUCUGUAAACACAGCCCAAGACAGUCGAGUGUUCA